AUGAGUGACUCCGCUCGCCAGGUCGAUGAGCUUCUCCGCACCAUUGAUCUUACAGAUGCCGGGGGGAUUGAGGAUCAAGAAGCCGGUUCAGUCGUGCCAGAGUCUGACCAGAACAUUCCUGCUGCACCAAGCUUAGAUCAAGAGAUUCCGGACAACCAGCUGUUGUCAUUUCUUGAAGAUGAUGAGGUGUGGGACGGCCGAUCCCUUAGCGCCCCUGACCUUUCUUGUGCUGCUGAAAUUUCUGAAUCGGAGAGGGAGUGGUACUUGAUUGCGGGGUCGUUCGGGGCAGCCGCUGCAGAGUGUGCGCCUAGUGAGCAGUCACCACCGAGCUUGGAGCCAGAGCAAACUCUGGCAGUCCCGGCCCUGGACAGCAUCGCCGAGGACCAGUUGCAGCAGAGUGCCGUGGGGCAUAUCCAUAAGAGGCUCCGCUUGGAAGCCCCACUCCUCCCGUGGGAGACACAACCGUUUGCCGCAAUCUUCGGGGGCCCAUCUUGGCAUGACACCUUGCAGCGCCGGAUCAAUUUGGAUCUAAUGCCUGGGGUAGGUAGUGCCGACGUCCUUAAGCCUGCCGUGCCUAAGGUUCCUGCCCCUAAGCCCCAGAUCGUAGCAGCGUCACUUGCGAACCGUCUUCACCGCUUCCGGCCGGAGGCUUCAGACGAAGAUGUUCGCAAUCUUGCCUUAGCCAAGCUCAAGGUAUUGAUUACUAGUGACCCUCUGGCCAGUGAGCUGGGUAAGUCCUUGAUUGAUAAGCUGGGAGGUCUGGUGCAAGAGGCUGUGGUAGCUCAGUCCUUUGCAGAUGCUUUCCGUGCCAAGGCAUCAUCCACGCUCAAUGGGCAUGCUUGUGCGCUUACACGGUUCAGCGCGUGGUGUGCUUGCCAGGCGGCAGAACCUCUUCGAGUUGAUGAGGAGCAGCUAUAUGCGUACUUGUGUGAAAUGCGGUCCUCCAACCGGGGGGCUACUUCGGGAAACAAGUUUUUGCAGUCGCUGACUUUCUUGGAGUACUCCGUUGGAUUGAUCUUCUUUUCAACUGAUGUGGCAGUAUCUGCGAGGGUUCGGGGCGUAGCUCGUGACAUGGCCCUCACCAAGGCUCCGCUGUCUCAGAGGCCCCCACUCACUGUGGAACAGGUUGCGGCACUUGAGGCCCUACUUGUUAACGACCUGAAUGAUACCGACGCCUGUGUGCUGGGCCAGAUACUCUUUGCUGUCCACUCUGCCGGCAGGUGGAGGGAUAUCCAGGGGUUGCAGUCCGUGGAUGUCUCCGAAGGUUCUGAGACCGCCCUGUUGCUUGCAAAUGGCCUGAAGAGCAAGACCACCCAAACGGCUGAGGCGCAAAGGAGGCUCUUGCCGUACGUCGCAAUCUCCACUGGUGUCUCGGGUUAUGACUGGGGUGACCGGUGGCUCACCGAGGGCCUUCAGUGGGGAGGCGACUUCUGUCUCCCUUCGUUCUCCUUGAGGCUGGGGCAGUGGAGCACGGCCCGCAUGGGUUCCGGAGAGGCAUCAGCAUACCUUAGAGAUUUUCUUGAGGCCGUUAAUCUGCCGAACAGCAAAGUUGGGACCCAUAGUCUUAAGACCACCUUGUUGACGUGGGCGAGCCGCUCAGUUCGAAUCGACUUCAGUGAGCCCGAAAGGCUGCACCUGGGCCACCAUUCGGCCCCGGGCACCAGGUCGAUGCUCGUAUACAGCAGGGAGGCUUACUCCAAACUUUACGCUAAGGUCCUAGCGAUGUUCAAGACGAUUGAGGAGGGAUCGUUCAAUCCAGAUUUGCCACCGGCCCGCCGGGUGGAGCACCUCGCCGAGGCCAUCAUGGUAGGGAGCUCGCAGGCGUCCAACUUGGGGCAGCACGCCCCAGCCGGGGAGGAUAGUGCCUCCUCCGACGAUUCCGACGCGGGGAUCCCAGAAGGUCACGGCGGGCGGCAGGCCGCAGACUUGGUUCGGGGGGCGUUCCCGGAUCAGUUCCUUCAGGACAUCGUGGUGCACAGGUUCUCGGGCAUAUCGCAUGUUGUUAAGGACUCCGGCAUGCUUUGGUGCCAUCGGCCUGUAAGUUCGAACUACACGCCACUGUCCGAAGCCGGCGUUGCUGCUGAGUUCCCUACUGCAUGCCAUCAGUGCUCGAGAGCCCUGGGCCUGGUAGGUCUCGACUCUUCUGCUUACUUCCUCGAGCGGCUCGCGAAGGUUGGCUUGUCAAACGAGCUGAGGGACGCGCUGGCCCGAGCCGGGUACACGACCUUUGGGGCUCUUGCCUUUGCGGUCUCCUCGACCCCGGGUGCAGCUAGCGAUGAGGCCGUCUCCCGGUGGGCGCAGCACCUUGCAGAUCCGCUACCGAGUGAGCACCAAAUGUCAGUGUUGCGCCGCUUGCUCUUCGAAGCGCAGUCAAUGUCGAUUGCCGAGAUGCGUGACCGGGUAAAUCAGGCGCCAGGCGAGGCUCCCACUCGCAAGCUGCCAAUGAUAGAGCGGGCUGAAAGGCUCAAAGCCCUGCGUCGAAAGCUGCCUGGACUUAUCUUGACCCCGGACACUCUGCCAGCAAACCGCUUAGUGGAUAACUACGUUGACCAGCUUGAUUCGGGUGUGCUCAGCUACGUCAAGCCAGACGCGUGCAUCAGCCGAGCACAGGAGAUGGAUUCCAACAAGAGGGAUCCGACCUUGCAGGUACAGGGAAAUGAGCUGAAGCUUGCCGCCAAGCAAGUGGAGCUGAGGUGCUCCAUCAGCACUGACAUGCAGUUGAGGCAAGCUUGGACUCGGAGGUCUCUUGCAAUGGAGCUUGCGCAGCUGGCCUCUUACACCGUGCUAGAAACCUGGGUUCAAAGCCUGUUCUCGAGGAUGCAGCGGGAGCCUCCUGCGGGGUAUCACUCAGUCUCGCUCUCUCAGGUUAUGGCUGCAGACCGGGAGCUGUUUCAGCUGUUGUCGCACAACCUUAUGGGGCAGAUCCAGGCGUCGGCUGGCGCUGCUCGACCCCUAGAUCUGGAGAUCGAAAGCUUAAGCAAGAGCACUGACGUGCUUGUGCACUUGCUGCCGCUUGUGAAGCCUCCUCCGAUGCCUCACCCGACAAAGCGACCUCAUCCCGAUCCUAAGCUCCCGCAUAAGACUCCGAAGGGGAAAGGCAAGGGUAAGACCGCUGAUCAAAACCAGGAUGAUGGGAAGGCGCCUAAGUACACAUUGCCCGAUGGAUGUGUUCCCAAGAGCGAGGGGGCCGCGUCUCCCAAUCCAAUUUUGGCUGAGGGCCUCAGUGGCCCCGAAACACAGGAUGCCGAGAGCUUCGCGCUGAACCUCCUGGCGAAGGCCGAGAUCCCUGCAUCUUCUGUGGCUCAAUUGUCAUUCCUUUUGCCAUGCGAUUUCAGUGUUCGGCCGUCAAGCGGCCCCAAUGCCUUCCUUUUCAGCUGUGGUGCUUAUGUCCACGGGGGUGUCACGGGUACUUUUGCUAAUACUCGAACCCUGCCUGCAUGCACCCAGCUCCUUGCGCGUUUUGCAAAGCAGUUCGUCGGGGACUCUUUUCCAUUUACAUCCCUUGUGCUCCUCCGGGACAACCUCACUCGCAUGCAUCGUGAUCGUAAUAAUACCGGCCUUAGCGCGUUGAUCCGAUGCUCAGAUUUUGAGGGUGGAGGUCUAUGGGUUGCCGACCCCAAGGGCUCCUCGCCCAUGCAUUUCGAAGGCAAGGUGCAUCAGGGCUCCACUCGGGAGCUUGACCGCUGCCUGUACUUUGAUCCGCGUCACCUGCAUUGCACCUUACCAUGGUCCGAGGGUCCUCGAAUUGUCCUUGCAGCCUACUCAGUUCGAGAUGCUUGUAAACUCCCACAGGCCGAUGCUGACUUGCUGCUCAAGCUUGGAUUCGUUCGGGGCCCGGGCAAAGUUGAAGUGCCUUCGACUGUGGACUUGCAGCCCAAUACCCAGGCUUCCCCUAGUGGUUUAGGCCCUGCUUGCAGUCUCCCUUUGGGUGUUGGCGAGCCAACUUCUACGAGCCCAGCAAAGCUGGAUCCGCCUGCCCAGCGACCCUUGUUCAUCGAGCUCUUCGCUGGAUCCGCAGGCCUGUCUCGGGCCAUGCUCGACUUUGGGUUCGAAGUCGUUACCUUCGAUCAUUACGUCAACCACCCUAAGGCCCCGGUCUGUAAGCUGGAUUUGGCCACUGCCUCUGGUCAAUCGGUUGUCUGGGAUCUUCUUCAAGCCCGAGUGCCCUUUGCCGUACAUCUCGCGCCUCCGAUUCUUGCUGGCCAUGAGGCCCUUUUGGAGUUCUGUUGUGACAUCGUCGGCUGGUGCACCCAACAUGAUGUCGUCGUGUCCCUUGAACAGCCUGACCGAAGUGAAAGCUGGGCCCUGCUCACGUCGAUGGCUCGAUCGCGUCUCCCAGCCGCGAGCCUGUCCAAAUGGGCUGGCCUCCAGAAGAUCGUGUACCCCCUCUGUAUGCACGGGGGGUCGAGCCGGGCCCUGUCUCGUCUCCUUUGUACGGCUCGGGUUUUUGACACUCUGGCUGUUGCUUGCGACGGCAAGCAUUGGCAUGGUCCGCGCCCCGGACCUUGGGCUGCGCCUGCAGCCUACCCGCCGGUCCUCUGCCAUCGCCUAGCCGGCUGCCUGCUCCAGUGUGCCAAGGCUCGGAAUACUGCCCCGGGGCCGCUCUCCCGAACUAAAGAGGUCUUAGAGCUCAAGAGGAAAUUGGCGAUUGCUAAGGCUGAAAUUCUUGUCAAAAAGCUCAGCUGCUCUGAGAAGGCUAGGCACAAUGCCCUACCGGAUCAUAUGAAGAAGGUGCUUGAAAGCAAGAAUCUUUCUCUCUUCGAGGCGCUCCUCAAGGAACAUGCUUACUGGGACAUGGGGGUAGUCCAGCUCAUGGAACAGGGAGUGGACCUUGUUGGGUUUCAGGACACCCCUUCUUGCUAUCCCCAAAAGAUUGCUCCUGCCACCAUGUCGAGGGACGAGUUCCUUGACUCCGCCGAAUGGAGGCGGCGGGCUCUCACAACACCCGGCGCCAGGGCUCCGGAUGCAGGGCAGCUCGCCCACCUUGAGCAGACAUGCAAGGAAGAGGUAGACCUUGGGUUCAUGCUGGGACCCUACACGGAGGAUCAAGUGUCCCGGCUGUUCGGCCACACUCGCUGGUCGUGCAUCCGGCGGUUCGUCUUGGAGCAGAAGCCAGGGAAACUUCGGCCCAUAGAUGACGCAAAGGAAGCCCUUGUGAACAGCGCCAGCACCUCAACGAUGCGACUCGAGCUCGAGGACGCCGACUACCUGUCUGCUAUGGCUCUCGAGGUUGCCCGACGCAUCCUGGCAGACCCUUCCAAACCCGGUGCGGUGCCAUGGGUAGCCAGGUGUCUUGACUUGACGAAAGCCUACAAACAGAUGUGUGUUUCGGAGCGUGACCUGCCGGUCUCGGUGGUCUUCUUUCUUGAUGGACAGGGCAAGCCCAGGUACUACGUGAGCCACUCGCUGUUAUUCGGGUGCACAUCGUCAGUAUUUGCAUUCAACAGGGUGUCCAAAGCAAUCUCCUUCCUGUUGAACCAAAUGUUGCUUGUGCCAAGCUCCGUGUUCUACGACGACUUUCCUCUUCUGUCACCGAACAACACAAGUGACAGAGCAACGUGGGCCACAACCGCACUGCUUGAUCUUCUGGGCUGGGGUCACGCCCGCGUGGGCAAGGACGCUAAAGGCGUUCCAUUUGCGGCAAGCUUCGAGGUCCUUGGGAUGUCGAUGCAACUUGAUGGUGUUCACCGUGGACGCCUGACCCUUCAGAACAAAGCCGGACGUAUCGAGCAGCUCGUGGCCUUGUUUCAGGGAUUUCUUGACAGGGGUGCCAUCACGGUGCACGAGGCACAAGUCGCCCACGGACUCUUGAACUUCUCUGCAGGCUAUGUGAAUGGUCGGGCCUUACGCUUAACAUGCCAGGAGCUCCUUCGCUUGACAAAGGCUUCGAGCCCCGCCUCUUCGAAGGCGAUCCGCAGCUUCUGCGUCAACAGCAUUGAAGCCCUCCGUGCACUUAGCCCUCGCGUGCUCAGUGUGUGGGACAGCCGUGCCCCGAUACACAUCUUCACGGACGGUGCGUGGGAGCAGCGCCGAGCCGGAAUCGGUGCCGUCAUCUUUGACACAGCUUCCGGCAAGUCGUGGACUUAUGAGGGUCUCGUCCCAGAGCCGCUCAUCCUCCGAUGGGAGGCCGAGGUCGGGACUCAGCUCAUUUGCCAGAUCGAGUUGUACGCGGUGGUAUGCCUGAGGUGGGCCCUGGCUUCCACCUUUGACCACAGGCGCUUGAUUUGGUGGAUCGAUAACGAAUCGGCACGAUAUGGUCUGAUCAAAGGCAUUUCGGAUAGUCCUUCGAUGUCAUCCUUGAUUCAGUCUUUUGCGAUUGCAGACUCCAAGGCACCAUCGUACAGUUGGUACGAAAGGGUCCCAUCUUUCUCUAACAUCGCAGAUGGCCCGAGCAGGGGUGAUUCAUCAGAGGCCCUGGCCGUCUGCACCGACAAGGUGGGAAACGACUACCCGCUUGACCAAAGCCUCACCCGGAGGCUCUUGUCUUCUUGA